CUUCUUCUUCGUCUUCCCGCUGCAACCACCCGAAAGAAAAAAAAAGGGAACCCGACACCCUUCCUUGGAGAAACCGGUGAGAUAAGCUUGAUUUCUCCUUCUUUUCUUGCUCUAAAACACAGAUUGGAACCCAGAAAUUCCCCCCCUGCAGGAAGCUUCUGGAUCUGCUCUACUCUUCCCUCUGCUGUCCUCCGACUGCUCUUGUUUGUGGGGGCAAAUUGCUUCGGUUUUUGGUGAACCCGUGAGCUUUCCUUGUAGCUUGCCGUCGGCCUCUUCACCCCUACAGCUCCGGUUUCUACAGCUGGAGAAUUAUGGUUCUUGAUCCUCGAGGUACUUUAGUACGUGAAUUGAGUGCUCGGUUUUAUGCAAGUGAGGUAAGUAAAUUUAUGGUAAUGCCCUUACUGUUUUUAAAAGCAUGUUUUGAUUUGUUUUUGAAGUGGUGGCGGGACUGAACCCGUUUUACACAAGUAUGACUGAUUUGAAGUGGAAUUUUUAUGCUUUUCAUUAAAUUGAGAAUGCCUACUUGGAAUUUAAUUGAUUGUCCUGAUGAUCUGAAAGUGAUUGGUGAAUUAUGUUUUCUGUUAACUUCAGCCUGUUUUGUCUCCGAUGUGGUCAUGUUU